CCACCUCCAAAUAUGGAAUAUGCUGCUGUGGUGCUUCACUUAUCGUUGCAAUUCAAUCUGUCAAAAAAGGAGCUGCACAAGAAGGCAUGACCAUAAGAGAUUAUAUUUGGCGUGGUCAUGAUCCUACUUCUGUUGCUGUUAUGACCGAGGACGGCGCUGCAGUGGCAGGUUUGGCAAUUGCUGCGGCUUCUCUGGUUGCUGUUAAGAUGACAGGAAAUGCUAUUUAUGAUCCUAUAGGAUCUAUUGUUGUUGGAAACUUACUUGGAAUGGUGGCUAUAUUUCUCAUUCAACGGAACCGGCAUGCCUUGAUUGGAAGAGCAAUGGAUGAUCAAGACAUGCGUAAAAUUCUUCACUUCUUAAAGAACGACUCGGUUGUAGAUGCUCUAUAUGAUUGCAAAAGUGAAGUGAUUGGUCCUGGAUCCUUCAGAUUUAAAGCUGAAAUAG